AUGCUGGCUUAUUCAGUAACCCAAAGUCACCGGAGCACUCACGUCGACGUGCCUCUCGGAUCGAACAGGCCGAUUAAAACCCGAGGAGCAUCUAACUUGACGCUCAAGGAUUUGCUCGAGAAAGAGAUUUCCAAGCGAAGAAAUGGCCGGUCAUCUCGGACACACCUCCAUGUAAACAGAGCUUCCUGUACAAACAAGCUCGGCCCCCUUGUUCCCGUGCAUGGCCAGUCUUCGAAUAAUCUUGUCGCUUCUGCUUCUCGCGGCCUUAGGCAUAAUCACUGGUGUGGUGCCUCGGCAGGUCCCGAACUGGAGCCCCGGAAGCCCGUAUACCAAGUCUACCACCCAUCCGUACCAGCUCUGCCCUCUCGGGCUAUCAAAGCAGCUUACUGGCCGUCAGAUGCUGAAUUACAUGCAUCCUCCAUAGACACCUCGUAUUUCACUCACAUUUACUAUGCGUUCCUCUUGCCCGAGCCAACCACGUUCAGGCUCAAUGUCACUGCGUCUGACCAAACCAAGCUGCCUGGAUUGACGGGCAUGCAGAAGCGAAAGCUGGCGGUAAAGACCCUCCUAUCCAUAGGUGGAGGCGGGUCGGACCCAAAUGUGUUCUCCAGGAUGGCGAACAGCUCAGAGACUCGCACAGCAUUCAUAAACUCCACCAUUGAAGUAGCUCGAAAAUACGGUUUUGAUGGAGUUGACUUGGACUGGGAGUAUCCAGCUGAUGAACAAGACAUGUCCAACCUCGCUCUGCUUUACAAAGAGUGGAGAAAAGCCCUGGAUAAGGAGUCCAAAAGAAGUGGUAAAAUCCGCUUAUUACUGACGUCUGCUGUGUACUAUGCAUCAGGAUUUCAGGUUUACGGUACACCCAGAUCGUACCCCAGUCAGGCAAUCCGGAAGUACGUGGACUGGGUCAGCCCCAUGUGCUUCGACUAUCACGGGUCCUGGGAGAAUUUCACGGGCGAGCAUUCGGCACUCUAUGAUCCGAAGAGCAACAUCAGCACGAGCUACGGAAUCAGUUCGUGGAUUCGAGCUGGUGUGCCCAGCCGAAAGCUGGUGAUGGGCCUACCGUUGUAUGGGAGGACAUGGACGCUCCAGAAUCCAAAUGUUAACGGCGUCGGGGCUCCAGCUGUUGGAAUGGGUCCUGGAAACGGUACCUUGACAUACAAACAGAUUGUUGAGUUUAAUGUGCAGAACCAUACGGCAGUCAAAUUCGACAAGAAGUCGGUGUCGUACUACUCAUAUGUCGGAGUCUCUUGGAUUGGUUAUGACGAUGUUCGGUCUGUGCGGAGGAAGGUCCGAUUUGCUCGGUCUCAGCGCUUGGGUGGGUACUUCUUCUGGGCUCUCGGCCAGGACAAGAACUGGAUCAUCUCAAGACAAGCCUCAAGAGCUUGGGAUUACUGAUGAACUUGGAAAGACUGUCCGUAGCAUGUGACGAUUGCAAUAAAUGCUUUUAACUCAAUUGAAAUUUGGUCAAUUGUUGACUUCUCUCAGACAACUUUACAAUUAUUCCCAGAAAAAUUCUCAGAUCUCUCAUCUUGCAGGUUCAUGAUCUCCAAGGAUAUCCUGUUCAUAUCAUUGGAAGGUGGAAGCCUUUGUGUAUGUUUAUCUACCGUAGCAUGUGACAAUUGCAAUAAAUGCAUCUAACGCGUUUGAAAUUUGGUCAAUUGUUGACUUUUCUCGGACGACUUUACAAUUAUUCUGGGAAAAAUUCUCAAAUCUAUCAUCUUGAAGGUUCAUGAUCUCCAAGGAUAUCCUGUUCAU